CCACAGUGCAAGGCGAGUCAGCGACUCUACCAGCAGCCUACCACCUACUGACGACUCUCUCAGCCAGUUACAACGAUGUCAAAGACACCAAUGCGUCCAAAAAAGCUACCCACGAUUCAAGAAGCCUCCGAAAGUGGAAGUAUACACAACUCAACGAAUCAAUCAGCUUCGAACGAAGUCCAACGCGAAAUCGACAGGCUCCGCGAUGAGAAAGGUUUGGUGGACUGCGAUUGUCGUUUCGUAUGGUGUCCAUGCUGCAAUCAAGCCUUGUUCUCGGUUGAGAGCGGGACGCGGUUGCGGGAAGACGACAAGAUUCGUCCUGGAGUGGACAUGCUGUCUCGUGGGAGGACGCAGGGGAAGAGGCGCGGUUCCUCGCAUCAAUCUCUUGGGCGCAAUGUUUCAGAACGAGCGAAGGCUUUGGAGAAGGACGAAAGAUGUGAGGCUGGGGAUGUGAGAGGGUGCGGGCGCGG